UUUGAUUUAGAAGUGUUUGGGGAGGAGAAACGGCACAGUUAGUGUUGCAUUCUGUAAAGAGUGAUUUGCAGGCUGCAAAGAUUUGCGAAAUUGAUAUCCUAAUAUUUUAGGGAACGAGAGGGGAGGGUCAUCCCUUUAAUAUCCUAAUAUUUUAGGGAACGAGAGGAGAGGGUCAGUCUGGCUACACCCUGUGUGGUUAGGAAUUGUAAUACUGUAUGUCAGGGUUGCAAAAGACUAUUUUGGUAUCACUGCACACAUCCCUGUGCAAAGUGGUUUGGGCAGAGGAUAGAAUUCCCGAAGGAGGACAGACAGACAGAAGUGAGAUUGGAGGAGAGCUCUGGCCAUCCCCCUCCUCCCCCUCCACCACCAGCACCAGCACCAGCACCUGGUUAAUUGCACAGACAGAGAUCAGUGUGCGCUGCAGAGGAUCGCUAUGAAGCUCAGAGUGGCUCUGUUCUUCGCCGGGGUUUUUGGAGCUCUCGGGGUUCUCCUGUUUCUGUUGGCUUUCGGGACGGAUUACUGGCUGUUGGCCACUGAAACCUGCCCUUCUGCCCAGAAUAGCACCGACCUGAUCACCGCAGAGAUCCAGAAGGGCGACAUUGUGUUUUUCCAUAAAACCGGUGCCACUUUUCAUCAUGAGGGUUUCUUCUGGAGAUGCUGGUUUAAUGAAGCCGUUGUGGACAACGACAUUUGGAAAUUCUGGUUCACCAACCAACCUCCUUCGAAGUACUGUAUGCAUGCCUAUCUCAUCCCAUUCCCUAUGACAGCAGAGGCACACAACUCCACUGCUUAUGAAACUGCAAUCAUUUAUCGUGGUUUCUGGACAGUGUUCAUGAUGUUGGGCGUUGUUGCUGUCAUAAUAGGAGGCUUUAUCAUCAUCUGCGCCGCUCCAUUUUCUAAUCAUAAACUCUACAAAGCGGGAGGUGGGCUGUUUCUCGCUGCCGGUAUUUUAUUUUCAAUGCUUGUCAUUAUGUAUGUCAUCUGGAUUGAAACAGUCAUUGAUUUAAAUGAAUACAUUCACAAGCAACAAAUCGCACUCUGUCCAGAUUUUACACUCAGUGUUCAGUAUGGAUGGUCUUUCAUUAUCGCUCCAAUUGGGAUAUUCUUCUCGCUACUUGCAGGCUUGCUGUUCCUUUUGGCAGGACGCACUAUUCAAGUACAUUAUACUUAAAAGACAACACUUUUGGUGGAUUGCAGUUAAUCGGAAAAUGUUUGAAGCUUUUAUUGAGAAUGAAAAGUUUACCAAAUGUGACAAAGUUUGUGAAAGUUCUGAUCCUUUCAUUUGUCCAAGUUAUGUAUCUACAUCUGUUAACUCCUGUGAACUGAUGCUGUUGUUUACCGCAAAUGAGCUUUCUUUCAUAUUGUAAAAUGAUGUUGUUGUUGUUGGGAAAAGUGAGGAAUUGUCUAAAACUAAAUACUAAUGUAACUUGCAGUGUUUCACAUAGUAAUAAUUAUACAAUCCUGUCUGGUGCUUAAAUAGAUGGUAUUUUACGUGACACAAAUUAAGCUAUUUUUUCUUUUAUUUCUGUAAAGAUUUAUACUGAUAUCGCUUUACCUUACAUAUGUAUUAACAAUCUUAAUAAUGACUUGAAAUUUCAGUAUUGUGAAACAACAAGAAAAGAUAGAAAAGUAUCUGGAAACUAUAUUCCAGAAAAUUGCUGUACAAAAGAAAUGCAUAGCAUUCUACAGGAAAUGACUAAGCCCCAAAAUUUGUAAUAACAGUUACCAAAUUAUGGGAAAACAUACAGAACUGUAAGGAAACUGACACCGUGUAGAGGAAGAUCCCAAACUGCUUUCUUCAAAAAAUAAAUGUCAAAGAAGAAUAUUUAUUUAAUGUCUGAAUACAUUACAUAAGUGUUAAGCUACAUUGGUACACACUCAGUAGUUCCAUGCAUCUUUCUUAUUUAUUCUGUGCCAACACACUACACAUUAAGAGUGUAGAAAUGUGUUACACAAGAAGCUAUUUGAUGGGAAAUAUUAGUGGAAAAAACAUUUUUGAUAAGAUACAAUUCCCGAGUAUUGUCUCCUGAAAACAAGUGAAUAACCUUUUGAACACAUAUUCUUGGACUUUUGCUUACAGCAGAGGAUUGAAGCAAAUAACUUCUACAGUGUCAUGUUGUGCAUUAUGUUUCUUCACAGAAUAACGUUAGACAAAAAUAGCAUACAUUUAAAUAUAUUCAGUUUGUUGAAAACAAUAAGAUUUUAUAUAAACACACCUCUAAAAGUGUGUAACCUAAAAUGGUGAGAAAAUCAUAAAUACAAUUGUAAAUUACUUGCUAACUGUAAGCAUUAAACUAUUUGCUAUAAUAGUAUACUCUACUUGCUAACUAUAAUACUAUAUAUUUUUGGUAAUUAUGAUAAGGUGCAUUACUUGCUGACUGGAAUAGUGUACACUGCUUGUUAACUCUAAAUGUACAUUACAUGCUAUCUGUAAUAAUGUACAUUACUUUCUCCAUAUAAGUAUACCCCCACACUUGCUAUCUGUAAUAGCAUUUUCUAACUUCACCGUUAUGUUGUACAACUACUUGCUAACUCUAAUAUUAUACAAUACUUGGUAACUAUAAUAGUAUGCAAUACUUGCUUACUAUAAUAGUAUACAAUACUUGCUAACUAUAAUAGUGUACAAUAUUUGAUAACUAUGAUAGUGUACAAUAUCUACUCAAUGGAAUAAUGUACAUUACUUACAAAUUGUGAUAGUGUACACUAUUUGAUAAUUGUAACAGUGGACACUAUGUAUAGGUCAGUGAUAUUAAGCCAAUGUGAUGUAAAGUACAUGAAAUUUGAAUUGUGCUCCAUUGCAUUUUCAAUGUUACUAAGAUAAGCAACCAUCAACUCGGGUCCAUUAUCCAUCAAUGUGCCUAUUUUUGCAAUAUUGUCAGAAUGCCCUGGUUAUUUAAAUAAAAGUUUACUGCUCCUC